CUGACCUGCCCUUCUUAUCGGCCUCUUAAUUUGAGCAACCUGAUCCGACCCCUCCUUCUCUUGUACUGUACCCCGCUCACGCGACAGCUAUCCAGUCUAGUCCAGUCCAAGAGAGCAAUUGGAUCUUUUGCAGACCUGGACCUGGACCUGACUGGCCUGAAUCAGGGCAAGGCGGAGGUGACCGCUGCCGCUAGUUGAAGGUCAACCUUCUUCUGACUUUGUUUUUAUAUAUCUCAACUACAUGUUCAUUUUGUGUUUGCUGGGUGAAUUUCAUUCCUCAAGAAAACUUCAAGCUAGCAGGUACAUACUUCAACUUCAACUUCAACACCUACCUCUAAGACAUCUCAGCUGCACCUCAACCUGAACUCAGUUACAACACAGCCCACCCUUGACAAGAGCAUGUGCAAAGCUUGAUUGCAGUUCCACACUAUACUACACAUCAAGCGGCAUUCUCUCACUGGGGACGUCAAGCAAACACUUUACUUCAUUACCAAUUGAGUACUUAGUCACUCAAAUCAGAUAGCCAUCUGCACACUCAAUCCCACCAUGUCGUCCGCACCCAAAGACACGCCGCAGCAGAGCGUAGGUCCAGAAUACCGACCAGAGAAACAAAAGCCCGUCGCCACAGUCUCAAAAGCUGUCCCAUUUGAGAAUGUGCACACCCUAUCACAAACACCGCAGCUCAUUGCUCUCUUGACAAUGAUCCGCUCCAAAACCACCGACCGCGCCGACUUCAUCUUCUACUCCAACCGGAUCAUCCGCCUCCUGGUGGAAGAAGGCCUCAACCACCUCCCGGUAGUAGAGCACACCAUCACCACGCCCGUCGGCCGCACCUACGCGGGUGUUCAAUUCCAAGGCAAGAUCUGUGGCGUGUCGAUCAUGCGUGCGGGCGAGGCGAUGGAGGAGGGGCUGAGGAAUUGCUGCCGCUCUGUACGGAUUGGGAAGAUCCUGAUUCAGAGGGACGAGGAGACGUGUAAGCCGAAGCUGUUUUAUGAUAAGUUGCCGGAGGAUAUUAGCGAUAGGUGGGUGUUGUUGUUGGAUCCUAUGUUUGCUACUGGUGGUUCUGCAACUAUGGCCGUGGACGUACUCAUCUCCCGCGGCGUCCCAGAAGAGCGAAUCCUCUUUUUGAACUUAAUCGCCAGCCCGGAAGGAAUCGAGAUCUUCGCUAAGAAGUUCCCUAAACUGAGAGUGAUUACGGCGUUCAUUGAUCAGGGAUUGGAUGAGAAGAAGUAUGUAUUUCCCUUCAGGUAAUAAGUGGAAAGUAGUGCUGAUAACUAUCUAGCUAUAUCGUGCCUGGACUUGGUGAUUUUGGUGAUAGAUUCUACACUAUGUAGAGAUCUGGGUCGGGAUGGAGAGGGACUAUGAAGUAUGAAAUAUGAAAUAUAGGCAUAGCCUCUCUUGUAAGGCGCUUGAUAGUAGUAUAGCUACGUACGGCAAGAAAACGACGAAAUCAUUAAGA